AGAUGAGCGCAGGCGGAGCAAGGACCAGGCUCUUCACACUUCACUUCACUUUCUUGUUCUCGACCGUGUUUAUGAGAAGACCUUGGCUGGGAGAAUAAAUCUGAACUGAAUCGCUAAACGAUGGCAUUUUUGAAAGGCUUCCUCACUCUGCUGCUUCUCCUUUGCAAUCUCUCAGUGGCACUCACCGAGAGUGCUGUGUCCUGCUACAGAAUUGAGCCGGGGACAAUAGCUGGGAUUGUCUGCGUGGAUGUGCUGCUGACCCUCAUCAUCGUGGCUGUCACCUACCGCUGUGCCAGUUUUAGACACAAGAAAGUAGAAAAGGCUAACAAGGUGUACAUGAACGUCCGGGCCAACUGCAAGAAAACAUAAAAACAGACUCCACUGAUUUUGGUUUUUUAACUGUGCUUUUUUAUUGUUGUAUUUUUUUCAAUCAAUAUAACAAACUUGUAUACAUGGUUGCUUAAAAAAACUUGCUCACAGGGACAUUUUUUUAUAUGUUUGCUGAAAUUAGCCAUAUCUCUUGUAAUAAGAAUUUUGAAAAUAAAGAAGCCCAUUAUAUAAACUAUGGUUAUUAAUUUCAUUAAAAAUGUCUUUGUCUUUUGGUGAAAUGUUUGCUUUUUAAGUUUCUUUCAUAAAUAAAUCUUCUAUAUGCAUCUCCUGCGUUGAGUCGAGUUAUUUUAAUAGUUAUUGCUAGAAAAAUGUAUCAUUGCUGCCUUGUAAUGUUCACAUGCUGCAAUGUGAAUUUGCAGCAGGUGGAGUAUGGAUUACAGAAAAGAAAAUCCUUGAUAAGUUCAAAAUUCAAAUAUAAGACAUUUUUAAAAAUAAUCUACAAAAUUAACAAAAUAAGUUUUGAAAAUAAACUAAGAAAUGAUAAGAGCUUUAACUUAGAUGUUGGUGUCAAACAUCAAAUAUUAUCACAUCAAGCACUUUAUCUAUUUAAAAAAAAAAUAAAA